AUGCCCAAAGAAUCGAACCAGAUCCUGAGAAGAAAGACGGUUGCCUCGCAAGACUUCCCCCUGUCACGUCGUCCAAUCACCAUUGGGGCCGUGGCUAGCACCGCCAGAAACACCAUUCGUUUCACCCCAGAAUACGGGGGCGACACAUUGUCACGCGCGUACGCGCGAUCAAUGAGCACGAUCUUUUCGGGAGCGAUACGAGCCGUCGACUCGCCGACAUGGUCACAUCAUUCACAGUCUGGCAAAUCCGUCAAGCCCCAUAUGAAGGCCUUGUCAUUGAGAGGCAGCUUAUUACAGGCUAGUCGCCAGAUGACGAUAGAGGACCUUCUUAAGUCGAGAAAUGUCACUGAUGAUUGUCAACGCAUAUCGACAUUCGCGAAGUACAGACAAGCGAUAAAGGACAAUCGGAAAGACACACGCCUCCGCCCUGCCCUACACGGACAACCUCCGUCGACGCCAAGUCUGACCGGCCGCGUCGACCUUUGCCUGUACUUCGAACCAAUUUUUCUCCAGCUGGAGAUCAGGUCCAAAUCACGCUCCAAGAAUGCGGACAGGACUGUCCAUCUAACCAAAGAGCGCUGGAAGAUCGACCCCCUUUCAGACACCUAA